AUGUUAAACCGUUUGCUGCUAUGUCGAAGAACUGCGUUAGAUGUUUUCAGUAGUGAGGAGGAUGAGGGACAGCAAGAUAAUUUGCCAAAAAAAGUUAGAUCCGUCGAAGUUCUGCGACCUCGACCGAGUCGUUAUGUUACGUGGGGUUUUGAUAACGAAAUGGACACGCAAAACGAAGAUGCGACCUCGCCAGCACCAUCCGUAGCUCAAGAUUCAGCAACUGGCAUCCCGUUGAGAACCACAAGGCAAACAACAGCUGCUGCAACAAAUUAUCCUGGCACCACUACACGUAACGGUCAGAUGUUUGUGGAGGAGGAAGAUGAAACAGACGAAGAGGAUGAACGUGCAGUUCAACGAGCCAAUGAAAUUAUGAAAACAAGAAGGAAACUGUUAAGUGAACCACCAAAGAGUAAAAGUAAAAACAUUUAA